AUGUCUUCACGACUUCCUCGUUCGCCACAUGUGCCCCACUCGAGUGCGAAUGCUCACCCUAUCACCGCGUCGCACGCCAAGUCCCAUGUCUUGGCCGGCGUUCAGGACGCGUACUGGAGCGACGACGACGAUGAGAAUCUUGAGUGUCCACUCUGCCUGGAAGAAAUGGACCUGUCAGAUUUGCACUUCAAGCCAUGCCCAUGCGGUUAUCAAAUCUGCAACUUUUGCUGGCACCAUAUCAAAGAAAAUCUCAACGGACGCUGCCCCGCAUGCCGCCGGGAGUAUACCGAACAACCCGCAGAGUUCAAAUCGGUAACUGCGGAAGAACAGAAGCGAUUGAACGCCCAGAAGCGCAAGCGGGACAAGGAACGCAAGGAACUUGAGGCGCUUAAUCGCCGUCACUUGGCCAAUGUGCGAAUCGUGCAGCGGAACCUAGUCUAUGUUACCGGUCUAGGGUCUCGUUUCGCCAAAGAGGAAUUGCUACCAUCACUCCGGUCAUCCGAGUACUUUGGCCAGUAUGGAAAGGUCUCCAAGAUACUUUUGGUCAAACGUGCGGCAACUCUAAACCGUCCAGCCGAUGUAGGAGUUUACAUUACGUAUCAUCGGCGUGAGGAUGCUGCUCGCGCGAUCACUGCUGUCGAUGGUAGUCCAUCACCUGGUGGCGGUGGAGAGGUUAUGCGGGCUAGUUAUGGGACCACCAAGUACUGCAUUAAUUUCCUCCGUGGUGUUCAGUGCACGAAUAACUCUUGCUUGGAUCUGCACGAAUGGGGCGACGAACGCGAUUGUUUCACCAAGGAGGAUUUGGCCACAUUGAAGCAUGCCAUGAAGGAUAGCGAGACACGUCAAGCGCCGCCGCCUGCGCCUCGCAAACGUGCUGAAGACUCCGAAGCUACGUCCGGCCCACCCAUGGGGGCUGCGCUCCCUCGAGGCGCCUCUUGGGGGCAAAAUAGAGGGGCUUUGCCACCCGCCCCAGCGAUCCUCCCAUCUUCGACCUCUUCUGCAUUCCCCGCUAUUACCGCGUCACUCGCUUCAUCUGCACAGUCUACUCGGCAGCAAAGAUCUGCCAAGGCGCGAGGUGCCGCGACGGAACGUCCUGCGACACCGAACCGAACUCGUCGUGGUGCAGAGAGAAAUCGAGAACGAGGGGGGAAAUCUACAGAAGUUGGAACCACGAGUACACCGGCAGCUACUGGAGGUCUGAUUGCUUCACGCCCAUCCACUCCUGGGUUGUCCAACCCACCCUCACGACCGUCAACAGCCUCGAAAUCUCCACGUGAUGCCUUCAAGUCGCCCACUCUGGCUGCUGCGCAACCAACCCCUCUUGCCAGCGUUCAUGUACCAGCAGAAACUACAAUCGAAGAUACACCCUCUCCAGAUGUCAAGGAGCAAGGAGUUACUAUGCCCACACAAUCAUCACCCAAGCCCUCACCAGCUACCUCCGCGAUGCCACCACCACCGCCUGGCCUAUCUCUACCCCCACCACCGCCCGGUCUGACAACAAUUCCUCAACAUACUCCGACAACACAAUCUGUAUCUAGUCCACAGACUCCCCCCUCUAGCGCUGGUCCAAACCAAUCUCAAUAUCAGAUGUCCGGUGCUGCCAAGGCGUUGCUUGAUGACGUGAGGGCACGAAGAGAGGCGGCUCCGCCAGCUUUCAGUUUCAACAUGGGCUCUAGCGGCUACAACCGCGGUGAUAUUGCCUCGGGUCCCUACGCGAGCACCGUUCAGGAUGAUAUCCCUGGCCCCUUGCCUGGACAUACUGUCCCUGGACUCUUCGAUCCGUUCAGGAAGAAUGACGCAAAUUCUCUUCCUCCACCGCCCGGCCUCUCUGCUACUCGACCUGGUGGAUAUGAGCAAGCAUAUACCGGGGCAUUCAAUCCAUUUGCUGACGGCCCGGGAUCAUCGAAUCGAGCAUCGUCUUACGAUUCGGAGCGUGAUGCCGCUGAGCGCACCAGUUCGAGGUUUGGUUUUGCUCGUCGCCAAGAUUCCUCUGGGCCAACGUCUAUCGGGUAUGGUACUGCCAUCACGUCGUCACCUAUGCGUCUUCAUGACCAACUGCCGCCUGAGGUGCCAAUGUCUCCUCAAGUAGCAUCCGCGCAGUGGCAGUACAGCCAUAACCUGCCCGAUUAUGGUCACCAAGGAAUGAUGCCGAUGAACAUGCCGCCCAAUCAUCUACAGCAGCAGCAGCUUUAUGCCCCACCUGGCCUUGGCCAACAGCACUACCCGAAUGGAAUGGAGUUGAAUGCGGCCGGAUUAAAGGAGCUGUUGAAUAUUGGAGGCAACCUGUCCGGUACGCGCAUUGAUGCACGCCGUUCCCAGACUGACACGUUUGAUUCCCGCUUUACCGUCCAACCAUUUAGUGAUCCUGCUAUUAUGUCCGUUGCCCCUCGGGAAAUGUUCCCAUCCGGUCCGAGUUUGCCGCAAACGACACGUAUGUCACAGAUUGGUCCAAACACUCCUGGUCAACCGCCAGUAGCUCCAACUGGGCGGUAUUCGCCGCCACCCGGCUUUAUACCAUCUGCCCGUCUACAACCAGCUCGCCAAGGGACUCAAAAUGUCAGCCCGAUAGCAACUGGUCCUAUGGCCAACUCGCCUAUGUUGACCAACGCAUCUAUUAUUAAAUCCGAACCUAAUUCGCCAGCUCUUUCUGCUUCAGACUUCCCUGCUCUCCCUCCUCCCUCAACUGAUACUCAAACCAAGCGUGAAACCAAUCAGCCAUUCCUUCAAUCUCGUGUGACUGCCGCCGAUGCCAAGGCAGCUUCCCUCGCAGCCAAGAAGACCUCUACAACAGUUACCAAGAAAGUUACCUCGAAACCUGCCCCCAAAAUUAUCACCAAGACUGCUAUCGAUGACAUUUCUCAAGUUGUUUCUCCAUCAAAUUCUACACCUAAUACUGCUGAGGCUCCCACUAAAUUUACACCAACGAUCACUGUCCCGGUUUCCAAAGACGCGGCCCCCGACCGCUCAGGUAAAAAGCCCAGCUCGCAGGCAACGUCAAAGGUUUCCACUCCCACAUCCGAUUCUCGUCCCACACCAACAGUGUCCAAGCCAAGCUCUGUUGAACGUAAUCAGAGUAACGCAGGCUCCAUUCGCGGGAAGUCCAACCCAGCUGUUUCUUCAAACACUACUAAGACUGUCCCGGUUCCUAAACCCUCUAUAUUGAUCCCAAGUUCUGAACCGGUCGAACAGGUUCCCGUUUUAUCUCGUAAACAGAAAAAGAACAAACCGGUGCCGCCCCGUCCUGUAGUCAAGGUUCCAAAAGACGAGCCCGCAAAAACCGAGUCCGUGACUCCAUCUGCCCCCUCCUCUCCUGUAUCGACACUGCUCCGUUUUGAGGAUGGCUCUAGUCCGCCAACUCCGCUUACCGCUGAGCCAGCUAUGCCACCCGAGCCCUCAAUUGUCGGGAUGCUCGUUGACCUUGCUGCCCAGUACGAAAUAGAGCGGCUGGCAUUCUUUGAUAGUCAGAGUUACAACAAUAAACUGGCAACGCCCUUGCGAUAUGGUCCGCUCGUUCAGGCAUUGUCUACCUUAUCUAUAGGCGGCGGCUCGGCAGCCAAAUCGAUUACUCCCGGUACGAUUGACACAGCCGUAACAUCUUUCCAGCAACUACUUGAAACGCUCACUCAGACGAUUUCGGACAUGCUACGUACGCUCCCUCGUACAACUUGGGACGAUACUUCUUCUUUUGACGGAGUUCUGAAAGAUAUGCUCAAGGCAGAGGAGUUUUUGGAAGAGAACACGGAUGAUUUGCCUAAUUGGCGGGAUGAUGACGUUGCGGUCCUCACACAAGCACUCGAGAAGCGGGCCCGGUGGAUGGAGAUUCAACUUGUCAAACUAGAAGAGCUCCAUCGGGACAUCAACACGUCCGCUGUACGAUCUGUGCUGGAUCAAAACGACCGCGGUUGGGGACUUCGUGCACGAGAACCCAAAGGGGAAUCCCUAGCGAGCUUUGAGCAACUCGGAACGGUUGAGGAGAAUGGGGUUAGGCGAAUGAUGAAUAUCGCGGAGCUGGAGGAAGCACUUUUAGAGGCUAAGCAAAAGGAAGCCGUGGCAGAGACCGAGCUGAAGGAAGCAAUGUUGACCGCAUACUGA